AUGUCACUUUACAUACGUAAUUUUACUAGUAAGGUAAUAGAAGAAUUCGCCAGCGCAAUCAAACAAUUAGACACCCAAAUUAUUUACUGACGUUUUAUUUUAAUUAGUCAAUCAACAUUAAAACUGGAAAAUUUGCAAAAGACCCUUUUCAUCCCUUUAUACUUGAACCCCAAUAAAUCUUCCACUGGCUCUGAAGACUGGGUGCUGAUUUACUCUUGUAAGGGCAACUUGCUAAAUUCUGCAAGUAAAAAUCAAAACAUCGCUACAUGUAAUUAUCAUGCAGUUUGUUUUCAUUUCGUAUUAUCCAGUACGUAUAGCCAAAGUCUAUAGUAGCCUAUAGCCAUAUUAUACCAAUUGUAUCUAUAGAAUGCGUAGUUGGCAGUUUUUUUUGUUUGUGUUUCGAAAAGUAAAGUAUACAGUCGUACGAAAGCUGAACCGAAGUCAAACGAGUAAACGGUCUUCCUCACACCCCCUCCCUUAUCGUUUUCGUUUUCGUUUUCUUGUUUGACCUCUCAAACAAACGAAAAACCUUUGAACACUCGAAUAAAUCCGUCUGAAUCCGUUUCAGUGUGGCUAAACUCGGGAAUGCCAUUAAAUAAGAUUUAAAAUCAGCGAGUUGUCUUCGCUUAAAAAAGUUUUUAAGAGAAUCUGUCAUCUCCAAAUACAACUGAUUGGUGUACUUUACAUGCAGCUAAUUGUGUGCACAGCCGUUGUUUCAUCUUGCUUCUUUGUUUAUUCGUUUGUGUAUUUGUUUAUUUGUUACAGCUUAUAUAUUUCUUCUUUGUGCGUUUUUGUGUGAAUUUGUUUAUUUAUAACAACUUUGAUAUCUAGUUACCUUUCCGCACGGACCAGCCACUCAGCGCGAUUAGCUUUUGCUAUUUCUGAGUGGCUGUGCUCUCUCUCUCUCUCUCUCUUUUUUUGACAAUUUUUUCCUUUUAAUGUCUUUACACUUUUGUAUCAAGAGCACAAAAAAGAUUGUUGUUUUUGUAUAACUUGAAAUGCACCUUUAGUCAAUAGGCCAUUUCUGAGUCUCCCGGGCCUCUGGCAAACGCAAAAGCAAAAGCUUGAAAGGAAUAAUAUUAAUAAAAACAAACAAAGAAAGAAACAAACAACUAAAAUUCAGAGGGUCGUGAUUUCGAUUCUCACCUGGAGCUCGGAAAUCUUUGUCUGAGCUUUCUAGUGUUUGAAUUCUCCUUCUUUAAACAAAAGAAAAAUGAAACUCGGGCGCUAUCUACUGAAAGUUUGACAAAAUGUUCUGAGAAAUAAUGAACAUCUAUUCAGCCACUGAAAAGGAGGAAGUUUUGCCUCUAAGCCAUUUUGAAAAAGGGACGAUUUUGGCGGAUGCCAUUCAUCCUCCACCAAUGCCUCCCCUCCUCCCCUACCCCCACCCCCUCUUGCAAGGUGGAAAUAAAAAAGAGCUCCAGCUGGCAGAACUCGAAAUUUGUCUGGUUCUUAUAGAAUGCUGUCUCAAUAGCCAUAGAGUACAUGGCAGGCGCAAGUUAAUUGGGUAAGUUUUUAUAGAGCGCGUGAGGAGGGAAACACAUGAAUAAAGGAAAAGGCGUGGCUUUUUCUUCCCUGGGACGCGCACGCGUCCGCGAGAUUUUUCCCUUCCCUCUCAAAAAAAAAAAACCCGGCAUCUUCUACGCAGGAUGUAAUAACCAAUUCGCCCCAGGUAAGGGAAUCCAACAGUCUUGGAUUCUGUCUGGAUUCCACACAGUGGAUUCUAGAUUCCAGGUACUGUUUUUUAGUUAUAAUCAUUAGUGGGAUUCUGGAUUCCUUGAGCUGUAUUCCAGAUUCCAAAGACCAGGUUUCCGGAUACCACAAGCAAAUUUUUCGCGCAUUCCAGACCAACAAGCAAAAUUUUCCCAGAUUCCGCAAUCCGAAUUCUCUUACAUGUGGCGAAGCCAACGCAAUACUUCUAAAUUGUACUAACAAUUGCAAAAGUUUAUCAGUCUACGAAUCCGUACCUUCUGGAUUAAGUUUUCCAUCCUGAUCACCGGAAUCUACAGCUGCCACAUACUGAGAGGCAAUAAUGCUGAAGUUCUUACCGGUCUCAGGGCUUGUUAUUUUCAAAUAUUCUGCAAGCUCUUCUGGCGUCACAAAGCCGUCUUCAUUAGCGUCGACAUCAUCAAACAAAUCCUAUGAAUUAUCAAGAAUUUAGUUUUCACUAUUAUGGCCCCCUAUAAUGGAAUCCAAGACAAUCUUGGAUUCCGGAUCCCAAGCCGCGGAUUCUUGAUUCCGGAGUCAUUGUCAGAGGCACUUGGAUUCUGGAUUCAAAUCUUUAGUGGGAUCCGGAUUCCUUGAGCCGUAUUCCGGAUUACGUUACAUGGGGCGACUAUUAGCCAACAACGUUAACCGCCAACAGUGUUUAUCGGAACAAAUUACAAAUUUGAAGCAUUUAAACGUAUAGGAAACAAUGACAAGCACGUUAACGUUCUGCAUUCCCCCCGGAGGUUACCACUUCAGUUUUUCCAGUUGGCCUCCAUAUUGGCCAUAUGAGAUUGUGCGUGAGACUGCACUACGGGGCUGUAUUUUGGGGCGCUAAGGGUUCCUUCAUUGGCUAAUACCGAGCUGCGCCUUUCUCGAAACGCCGUUUUUUUUUUAGGCUGAGUAUGCAAAAUAUUCGGUGGGGGCGUGAUUGGCACAAUAGUUUUUUGAAUUUUUGGGGCUAUAACUUUGUUUCUUUUAAAGGUAUGUAACUGAAACUAAUACAAGCAAGAAUACUUGAUUCCAGGAAUAUUUUGGAUAUCGUUUCUGUGGUUACCAGUCACGUGACUCUCUAGUGGCCAAUUAAAAAAUCAAAACUCCCAAAGGUUUCUUCUUCGUAGGUAUGUAACCUGAAACUGUGAUACUUUGCAGAAAUACAGUGCACAUAAAAUUGAAGGACUUGUCCGAUUUGAAUUCUCAAAUUUCAUUUUUGUGACGUCACAUCUGAUGACGUCACAAAACGGGCUUUUUUGGUCAUGCGCAGUACUCAUCCAAAAAAUGAAGAAUUUGAAACAAUAACUUCAGAAAAAUACAACAGCGAAAGUCUAAACUCGUUAUCUUCUAUACUUUAAGAGAUAUUGAUAACAUUCCCUGCAUAUUUUAAAAAAGAGUUUGGACAAGUUUAUGGCCGAUUUUUCGCACUUUUCUUCCCCAGCGUGCUCUUCCUCAGAAGCCUCUUUGAGUCGUGAGGGGAGUGGAAAAAGGAAGUGCGCGGGGAACGAUUGCAAGGGGGAAAGAGAGGACGAGAGGCCUUCCGCCUUUCCCCUCUUCCCAUCGUCCACCGCGCGCUAAUUUUUAUUUUUAAUAGAGAGAAGUGUGACGUCACGUUACCAUGGUAGCACUAUUUCUGGAUGACAACAAAACCAACAACGACGGCGAAGGUAAGGAGAACGACAAAAAUUAAUAUGUUUAUAUGAAAAAACAACAACUUUGCACGUGCAUCACGCUAUUUUGUACAUUUCUUUGACGCCGUUGCACUCUACAACAUGAAACAUCCUAAUUUCGCGAGUUCGCUUUAUGGAGUAGGUGGACACACCACAAAAGUUGUCGCUGUCUUUUUCUUAACUUAGAAAAGAAAAAUUUCGCCAAGAUUUGCCAAAUUAAAUGAAACUGAAUAAGAUAGGUGAAGUUUGAAAUAGUGCGAGUAGACUUUUAAGUGACUUUACCGGUUUGUUGUCAUCCAAAAUUUUGCUACCAUUGCAACGUGGCGUAACGACUUCUCCUCUCUAUUAUUGCCAUUUUAAUUGGAACACCCAGAGAGGAGCUGCGCAGGAACUUUGGGCAAUUAGGGUGACGCUUAAAAAAUAUUUUUUAAAAUAUUCAUUUACUCAAUUAUAGGAAUACUAAAUUGUUCACUACUAAAUCAAAAAAAUUCAUGUCAAGAAAGAUGACAAGUACUCUUACAUCAAAAUCAGAUCUGAAUUAUUCGGGACAAUAAAGUUAUUCUAUUAUCCGUUUAUUAAUGACCGUUAAGUUUUUAUCACUUACAGAACUUCUUUCCAACAAGUAGAGGCUUCUGCCUACCACAAAUGACGCAGUUGUAGCCAUUAAAAGAGCCAACAGUAGCUUGUAAUUUGCCANGGGGAACGAUUGCAAGGGGGAAAGAGAGGACGAGAGGCCUUCCGCCUUUCCCCUCUUCCCAUCGUCCACCGCGCGCUUAUUUUUAUUUUUAAUAGAGAGAAGUGUGACGUCACGUUACCAUGGUAGCACUAUUUCUGGAUGACAACAAAACCAACAACGACGGCGAAGGUAAGGAGAACGACAAAAAUUAAUAUGUUUAUAUGAAAAAACAACAACUUUGCACGUGCAUCACGCUAUUUUGUACAUUUCUUUGACGCCGUUGCACUCUACAACAUGAAACAUCCUAAUUUCGCGAGUUCGCUUUAUGGAGUAGGUGGACACACCACAAAAGUUGUCGCUGUCUUUUUCUUAACUUAGAAAAGAAAAAUUUCGCCAAGAUUUGCCAAAUUAAAUGAAACUGAAUAAGAUAGGUGAAGUUUGAAAUAGUGCGAGUAGACUUUUAAGUGACUUUACCGGUUUGUUGUCAUCCAAAAUUUUGCUACCAUUGCAACGUGGCGUAACGACUUCUCCUCUCUAUUAUUGCCAUUUUAAUUGGAACACCCAGAGAGGAGCUGCGCAGGAACUUUGGGCAAUUAGGGUGACGCUUAAAAAAUAUUUUUUAAAAUAUUCAUUUACUCAAUUAUAGGAAUACUAAAUUGUUCACUACUAAAUCAAAAAAAUUCAUGUCAAGAAAGAUGACAAGUACUCUUACAUCAAAAUCAGAUCUGAAUUAUUCGGGACAAUAAAGUUAUUCUAUUAUCCGUUUAUUAAUGACCGUUAAGUUUUUAUCACUUACAGAACUUCUUUCCAACAAGUAGAGGCUUCUGCCUACCACAAAUGACGCAGUUGUAGCCAUUAAAAGAGCCAACAGUAGCUUGUAAUUUGCCAUAAGGAAGUUUAAUUUUACGGUGAGCUGCAAUUCAUAAAUUCUGGUUUUAGAGAACAUUUGUUAGAAUAAGAAAAAGAAACGAGGCUUUUUGGACGCAAAUGAAUCAAAACUGAUGAUGAUAAUGAUAAUGGUGAUGAUGAUGAUGAUGAUGAUGAUGAUGAUAAUGAUAAUAUACUUAGAAAUAUUUUACAUUGUGCAUUAAUAAAACAAUCAUUGUAUUCUCCUUUUAAGGAGAAUAAGUAUGAUAUGAAGAAUUAUGUAGAACUCGUAGGCUGCUGUCCUCCUCAGCCUUCAGCCUCAGUGGAUAAUACCCCCUCGAUCUACAUAAUUCUUCAUACCAUAAAGAAUGUAGGUGUGAAUGUCGCGUUUGUACUGACGUUUUCUUGUAUAUAUUUAUCUCAUUUCACAUCACUAUAUUUGAUAAAAACUGAAAAUAGAAAUAGUUUUUUUAUGGACCAAUUUAUGCCAAACUAUCACGAAAUCUCUAAUUAUCGAGAAAACGAAUAUUUCUACUAGAAGGUUUCUGAUCGAUUUUUCACGCCUAAAGACACUCACGCUGCUUCUUUUUAAAAGGUACAUAGAAUCAUAGGAAGUAGAGGAGACUGGUGAGGAAACCCGGCAAACAUCAAAGUUGAAAACAAUGGUGUUGUAGGUUAUGUUGAAAGCUCCCUGACUUUGCACAAUCCUUUGUUUCCUGUUAACACAUUAUAACUGGAUAAUUUAAUCAAAUGUUUCUAUUGGUCAACAACUUCAAAAUGAAAGGAAUGUUACUGAACGUUGUGCACGGUCAGGUCCAAAAAAGGUAACAAAAACCUAUAACAAAGGGUUUCCCAACCAUUGUAUUUUAAUUAACUUUGAUAGAAUUAUUACUUCAUCGUAAUAACCCACGCGAAAAUCCAUCAGCUGAGGACAUAUUAUACUUCUGAAAAGGUUCUGCACCCAUGAAUCUGGGGUUUCUCGAGCUUUUCUUAUCGAUGUGGGUCACCAUGGCAAUUUUAAUUCCUGUAUUGGCAAGCUUGAUUGCGACUUCAUCAAAAACGGAUCCCUUUGAACAUUGACGACUUUUUUCAUAAUGGACCAAAUUCCUUGUACAUUAGUCAGUAUAUUUGUGUGUGUCUACGUUAAAAGCAUUAGUCAUUUCGUAGUAUCACAACAAUCACUCUACUUCCAUCUCCCCUGGUCGGUAGUGCACAAGCUUCAGAUCUGACCCUAUGAAAUACGUAGGGUCAAAACUUAAACCCCUUUUAUUCUGUCGCUUUUUGAAUUUUUUUUUUUCACGUUUAUAUCCUCAUUUAUGAUUAUUUUCCAUGUUAUAAACGAAUUGUAUGGCCUUUAGCUAGUGCCUUUCAUAAGCCUUCUCGAUUUUUUUCUUCUUCAGCUUUUCUUAGGACGACUGCAAGAACCAAGGAGAACUGAUUUUAAGACCAAAGGUUAGGUAAAAUUUUGGGGGCUUAAACAAGUUGUGUAUCGGGAUAUUUGUAGAUGGUGAAGUUAGUUUUGGUAUAAAGGUUCAUAUGAAAUACGCGAAGGAAUUAUCAAAUUUAUUCCUUAUUUGUAUUUUUUUACUUACUAAACUGUGACAUGCUUUCCUUUGGUGCUGUUUAUUUUGCAGCGCAAGGAGUUUUUAACUGUGAAGUCUGCGGGGAAAGAUGUAGGUGCUUGCAUCCAAACUUUGGACCGCACUCUUAACCAGAUGAACUUUUUAUUCUAUGAAUACGGGAUGAAAUCCUGA